UUUAUCAAAAACAUAUACAACGACGAAUACAAAUGGGCGCUUGUAAAAAGUACAUCUUUGUUCGUGAUAGGCGUACGAAUUGCCAAAGAAUGUGCAGGGCUUGAGCUGAUGCCGGCGAUUCCACAUUAA